AGGGUGGUCACAUCACUUGGCGCUCAACUGCCGCUUGGAGUGUAUCCUUGGGACAACCGCGAACGGAGAAGUCUGCAGUGAUUUUGACAUCUUACCUUACUGGAGUCUUUUUUUUUUCUUUCGAGUGGCUUGACUGAAAUUGGACAUGUCUUUUUCUCAGCUGGGUUACCCCCAGUUUUUGAGCGCCUCCCCAGAGGCUUACGGUGGAGAGAGGACCGGAGUUUUGUCAGCAUCGACCCGAGAAGGGAGCUCUGAAAGCGGUGGGAAUCCGUCUGCAGGAGCGCCGGCAGUCACAUCGAUGUUGGGCAUGUAUGCAAGCCCGUGGACUGCGCAAAACUAUAGCGCUUUUCUCCCCUAUAACAGCGCCGAACUGGCCCUACUGUCCCAAAUGGGUUCGCAAUAUGAGCUGAAGGAUUCUCCUGGUGCCCAUCCCUCAGGCUUCGUGCAUCCGGCCCCCGGCUUCUACCCAUACGGCCAGUACCAAUACGGCGACCCGUCCCGAGCGAAGAGUGCCACACGGGAGACUACAAGCACUCUGAAAGCCUGGCUGCAGGAGCACAAGAAGAAUCCUUAUCCCACCAAGGGAGAGAAGAUCAUGCUGGCCAUCAUCACCAAGAUGACCCUUACCCAAGUGUCUACCUGGUUCGCCAACGCGCGCAGGCGACUAAAAAAGGAGAACAAAGUGACGUGGGGACGCAGCGCUGAGGAUCGUGACGGCAGGAUAUUUGACAGUGACAACGAGGAGGAUCAUGACAAGAAUGAGGAUGACGAAGAAAUUGAUUUGGAAAGCAUCGACGUCGUCAAAACAGACGAAAAUACAGAGGAGCAAAGUAAGCUGGAACAAGUGUCCCUCGACAAGCCAAGUGCUGGUGAACGUGUUAAUGUGGAAAAUAUGGAGCCAAAACGGACUUUACCUCUUCCCGAGCUCAAGGGUGUGAGUGAUUCGCUUGCUAUUAAUAAAGAACCACAAGUUGUCAAAAAUGUCCCUGCACUUUCCCCCGAUGGACCAGGAUGUCACAGGCCCUCAAACACUAAGCCAAAGAUUUGGUCUUUGGCGGAGACGGCAACUAGUCCUGACAACUCUCAGAAAGUUGGUGCGCUCACGGCCCCUGUAGGCCUGCGAACCUCUCUGCCGUCUCACCACCCAGCAUUUCUCCCGACUCACGGAAUAUACACUUGCCAGAUUGGGAAACUGCACAACUGGGCGGCAAGUGCCGCCUUUCUCAGCGCCAAUUCCCUAAUGAACGUCAGGUCACUUCUGGGUGUUAAUCAAAGCAGUCACAACUACAGCCACAGUCCCGCGGCGCACAUCAAGAGGUCACCAUCACCGGCUGGCCAUUCAGGACCAGAGGGAGACAGCGAAAAUUCGUCGGACGGCUUCAGCCCUCAACGUCAUGAUCAGGAAAACGUGCAGCAGAGGAUCGAACCACGGACACCAGUGCUGAGAUCGCCAUUCCCACAAAUGCAUGACAGGUCUCACCACGAAGCAACACAUCGGGUUUUGAAGACCGUCUCCUGAGCAGCGAAAAUAAAUAAAUAAAUUAUUUAAUGAGAAAUCAAGAACAAGUUAGCCUAUAUGUCAUAUAACAGUGUCCUAGAAAAUAUACUGAUCCCAUAACAUAUCACACCAUGAUUUCAUUUCAUGUUUGCUUUCGCGUUUAUCUUGUAGCCUAUGUUGUUUUUCAUUAUUACUUUAUGGAGAACUAUUUGUAAAAACGGGAAA